AUGUUUACCACUUCAAAAUCUUCAAAACAACCAAUUCUUUUCGAUAUCAGAUUAAAUAACACCGAGAAUGACGUUAUAUUAUUGAAAGGACCUCCUGAUACUGCCUCUUCAGUAUUUCUAUCAGGUAAAAUUGUAUUAUCUAUAUUGGAACCUAUACAAAUUAGAAGCGUUUAUUUAAGAUUAUAUGGUAGAUUGCGUUUAAAUAUCCCGGGCCCUCGUAAGAAUUCUAAUUCAAAGGAAGUUAGAUAUAACAAAUUCGAAAGAAGGUUUUAUGAACAUUGUUGGGAUAAUAUUAAUAUUCAAAACUAUUUCCAAAAUUUGUACGAUAAUUAUGGGAAACAAACUUCAAUCGCUAGUAAAUCAUCAGAAAAUUUAGCAGCUUCAAAAAAGGAUAACAAAUCCACUUUAUCUUUAAGUUCGUUAGCUGGAAAUGCAUUAAAUUCAUCAAAUUAUCACACUUUAGUUAAAGGGAAUUAUGAAUUUCCAUUUAGCGCAAUUCUCCCCGGUUCCAUUAAUGAAAGUGUGGAAGGUUUACCUAAUGCUUCAGUUGUUUACAAAUUACAUGCUACCAUAGAAAGAAAUAAGGGAAGUACGGAUUUAAUGUGUGAAAAACGUUUAAGAAUUGUACGUACUCAAACGCCUGAUGCAGUAGAAUUAUCCGAAACCAUAACAGUUGAUAAUAUUUGGCCAGAUAAAGUCGAAUAUUCUAUAUCUGUGCCUGCAAGAGCUAUUGCCAUAGGUUCUACAACGAAAAUACAUAUGCACUUGAUUCCGUUAAUUAAAGGUUUACAGUUAGGUCCCAUAAAGAUAAAUUUAAUAGAGAAUUCCCAAUACUGUGGUUCAUACUCACCAGUGACAUAUCAAGAAAGACUAAUUACAAAGUUGAAGAUUAAGGAUCCAUUAGGACAUGUUGAAUUAUUCAGCAACAAGUUAAAAGGUAGAAAUAUUCCAAACAGCGUGCCACCUAUGGAUUACCAAGAUGCUUGGGAUAUCACAGCAGAAUUUCAAAUCCCAGCUAGCCUUUCUAAAUGUACCCAAGAUUGUAAUGUUUUAAAAAACAUAAAGGUUCGCCAUAAGCUUAAGUUCAUUAUAUCAUUAAUCAAUCCCGAUGGCCAUAUAUCGGAAUUAAGAGCUUCUUUAACUGUCCAGUUAUAUAUAUCACCAUUCAUUUCACUAGGAGUGAAAUCAGAAGAUUUAAUAGAUACGGGACAUGUUGUACUUGAUGAAGCUAAAAAGGACCAGCAUUUAAGAGUUAUUGAGCCAGAAGGUGAUGAUGAAGAUGAGAUUUUUUCUGGAUUUGGAUCUAGGGCAAACUCUGUAGGAGUCAUCUCAUCUAAAAGUUUACCAGAUUUGAUGACCCCUCCGCAGUAUGAGAAUCAUGUUUAUGAUCGUUUAUGGAAUAAUAACAGCGAAAUAGAGACUAUUGCAAGUAACUCCAAUUUAACAACCCCGCAUAAUAGUAGCAAUAAUUUGACAAAUCUGACAUCUGCUAAGUCAAUGGAUGAGUUGAAAGCUAGCUUGGAUAAGAUUAGUUUAGAUAAUAAUGAAAUUGGAGCUAACAACUCCAAUAAUAGUGGAUUAGGUAUUUCCUACCUCCCAGGUUCAAUUUCAAACAAUAUUGAAGGCACUCCUAAUAUUCUGAUUUCUUUAGAAGAUGUACCAUCUCAUGUAGUUGAGAAUAGUCCAGAUCCUACACCAGCAUUCUACCAUAUAUCCCGAGCAAAUUCCUUUGUAAAUCAAGCUCCAUCCUCAUCACCAAAAAUUGAUUGGGAAAUACAGUCCUUAAGUAAAGUGCCUUCCUAUGGUAAAGCAAUGAAGAAUCCUAGCGUUGCGCCAGAAUUCCCGCCAGCUUACCCAUCCACCGGCAACUCUGAACAUAGUAAGCCAAUCGAGAAGCCUCAAAUGGUAAGACACCGUGGUACCUCCAUAUCUUCUCAAGGCAGCUCAAACAGAAAUUCAUCUAUUAGAAAUUUCUUAAGCAGAAGUAAUAAUAGUUCAUCAACUUCAUUAAAUGCAUUAGCUGAACAUAGCACUGGGGGAUCAUUUACACUACCGAUUCUAUCUUCCCCAUCAUUACCAAAGAACAAUACUGCUUCAAAACAUUUUUCAUUCGGGAUGACACCAUAUGGUGAAGAUUGCAUAGAUAGUAGGGAUACAACGGUCCAAAACCGUCUCCAAGUUCCUCAUUCCCAAACAGAUUCUUCUCGUAGAAGAUCUAACUCAUUGAACAGCAUUAUGAAUGUUUUCGGAAAAAGGGAAGAAUAA